CCCCUCUCUCUCUCUUCUCACCCUCUCUUUCCUCAUUUCUACGAACUUUCGGCACGCCUUUUUCUUCUUCCGCCUCCUUAGGGCUAUAUAUACACAGAUAUGUAUACACAUAUAACAGUCUCAACAACUCUCUAUAAUCUAAUCUAAUCUGUGGGUAAUUAAGAAAAUUUUCGAGCUUUUCUUUGGAUCAUAAUCAAAUGGAUUCUGAUUCGUGGAAUAGUCGUCUCACAAAUGCUUCCAGGCGCUAUCAAACUAGAUUGGAUCUGUGUCAUGGAGGUGAAGAGAUUGACGGAGAGGAUGAGUCGCGGCCGGAGUUCUUGUGCCCCUUCUGUGCAGAGGAUUUCGACAUGGUCGGGCUCUGCUGUCAUAUAGAUGAGGACCAUCCGGUGGAAGCGAAGAAUGGGAUAUGCCCACUUUGUGCAAAAAGGGUUGGAAUGGAUUUGGUUGGCCACAUUACCAUGCAACACGGAAGCCUUUUAAGAGUGCCUAGAAAGAGGAGAUUCCGCAAGGGUGGAUCUAACACAUUUUCUAUACUGAGAAAAGAGUUGCGGGAUGGAACCUUGCAGUCCCUCCUUGGUGGGACUUCAUGCUUGGUUUCUUCCUCCAAUACGGAACCUGAUCCAUUGCUGUCAUCAUUUAUAUACAGUCAGCCUGUUCUGGAUGAACCUGCAAUUGUAAAACCUCAAUCUUCAGUUGAAGCAAGCUUAGUGAAGCAAAGCUUAAAUGAGGAUCUUUCAGAAAGAGUUAUCGAGCAAUCUCCAUUGUCAGACAAGGACAAAGAAGAGAAGGCUCGGAAAUGCGAGUUUGUUCAAGGGCUGCUGCUGUCCACUUUCCUAGACGAAAAUCUAUUGAGUCCUAGGGGAUACAUGUAGUGGGAAGUGCUUAAAUUAUGUUUUAGCACUGAAGCAUAGUUGUAUGAGCGAAGAAGCGGAUGCAAGUGUGGCUGUCAGUUGAAAUAGUUAGUCCAGAGAGACUGUAUCAGCUAUUGUAAGUAACUUUUAUGUGCAUAAUGGAAAGAUGGAAGGACUUAAUCUAGUUGAUCUUCGUUUUA